AUGGCACCACCACAUAAGAGUCAUGCAUUCCGUCCUGAGAACGUUCUUAAGCGUGCUGAGGAUUUGAUUGCAGUUGGAGAGCACGAAGCCGCCCUCGACACCCUUUACGAACUCAUAACUGCAAAGCGUAUCCGUUAUUUGGCCGUCGAAGACCUUCAACCAAUCGCUUUGCUUUUGAUUAAACUCGCCGUUGAUUUACGCAAAGGUAAGUUAGCUAAAGAUGCCUUACAUCAGUACAAGAAGAACGUGCAAAUGUCUGAAAACGGGUUGGAAUCCGUUCAAGUCAUCGUCACCAAGUUCAUUGAAUUGUCCGAAGCUAAGUUAGACGAAGCUCAAGCCAAGGCCGACAUCAAAAUUGACCAAGAAGAACACGACCAUGAUGACGAUUUGGAAGUUGCUUCUACUCCAGAAACCAUUCUUUUAAGUGCCGUUUCAAACACCGAUUCUGCCGACCGUACUGAACGUGAAUUGGUUACUCCUUGGUUAAGGUUCCUUUGGGAAGCCUUUAGAGCUGUUUUGGAUAUCUUGAGAAACAACUCCAAGUUGGAAGUUACCUAUUCCGCCAUUGUCAACCAAGCUUUCAAGUUUUGUUUGAACUACAAGAGAAAGGCUGAAUUUAGAAGAUUAUGUGAAUUGUUGAGAACUCACAUGCAAAGUGUUACCGGUACCGGUGCUCCAGGUGCCACCACUACCGCCACCACUUCUUCUUAUUCUACCUAUGCUAUCGAUUUGUCCGAUUCAGAAACCGUUCAACGUUAUUUGGAACAAAGAUUCUCUCAAUUGAACAUUGCCGUUAAGCUUGAACUUUGGCAAGAAUCUUUCCGUUCUGUCGAUGAUGUCCAUACUUUGCUCACUGCCUCCAAGAAGGCUCCAAAGCCAACCAUGAUGGCCAACUACUACGAAAACGUUGCACGUAUCUUUGCUGUUUCCGACAACUCUUUAUUCCACGCUGCUGCCUGGAACAAGUUCUUCAACUUGUACUCCCAAAGUCCAAAUGCCACUGACGAUGAAUUGAAGAGAUACGCUUCCAUCUUGGUUUUGUCCACUUUGUCCAUCCCACAAAAGGCUGUUCAUGCCGAUGAUGAAUUCAAGACCAAGAACUCCAAGCUUUCUUCCUUGUUGAACUUGAACCAAGUCCCAACUAGAGAUGGCCUUAUCAAGUCUAUUGUUUCUAGAGCUAUCUUGAGAUAUGUUGAUGAACCAAUUGCCACUUUGUUCCAAUUGUUGGAAGGGGGUGAUUUCCAUCCAUUAUCCAUCAAGGACAAGGUCACUUCUAUUUUCCAAUUAAUUGAACAAGACAAGGAUUACAAAAAGUACAUUGCUACCUUGACUGAAGUUGUUGCCCUCAGAGUUUUCCAACAAGUUUCUCAAGUUUACGAAUCCGUCAAGCUCGACUUUUUGAUUUCCCUUGCUAUCUUCCCAGAUUUGACCCACAGUUUGACCCCACUUGAAGUUGAAGAUCUCAUUGUCAACGCUGCCAAGGACGGCCAACUCAACUUGACCAUUGAUCACGAAACUGAUGUUGUUUCAUUCAAGCAAAAUCCAUUUGAAGAAACCUACCAAGACUACCCAACCGGUAAGCUCCAAGUUUCCCCAUCUGAACUCAUUCGUUUCCAAAUCUCGAAAUUGGCCCGCACUUUAUACGAAAGUGUCAAGAUUGUUGAUCCAAACUACGAGCUUGCCCAACAACAAGCUGCCGAAUCUGCCUCUGCCCGUGCUUUACAAUCUAUGGUUGACGAACAAGCCGCUUUAGCUGACCGUGUCCGUAUCAUGGAGGAACGUAAGGCUUUGAUUGAGAAGCGUAAGCGUGAAGAAGAAGAGAUCGCUGCUAGACUCAAGGCUGAAAAGCUUGUUGCCGAACAAAAGGCCGAACAAGAAAGACUUCUCCUUGAAGCCGAACGUAAGAAGGCUGAGAAGCUCGAAAAGGAACGUUUACGUAUCCAACUCAGUGAAAAGCGUAAGGUUGCCGAGGAAAUCAAUGCCAAGGGUAUCAUCAAGAUUGAUUUGGACAAAUUGGAAGAAUUGGACACUGACAAGUUGAAGUUGAUGCAAAUUGAACAAUUGAACAAGGAUAAGCGUGAAUUAGAGGAAAAACUCUCUCAAACCGCCAAAAAGGUCGAUUACCUCGAACGUGCCUUCCGUAGAGCUGAACUCAAGCAUUUGGAAGAAGAUGAAAUUCACGAAAGACAAGUUGAAUUGGACAACUACAAUGCUAUCAAGCAAACCAAGAUCGCUCGUGCCAAGAAGGAAUACGAUGAAUCUGUUGGUUUAAAGACCCGUCUUGAAAGAAUUGUUCCUGAUUACUCUGACUUCAAGAAGAUCAUCGAUGCCAAGAAUGCUGCUAAGGUUGCCCAAUUGAAGCAAGAAGCUGCUGCCAAGUUUGAACAAGCUAAGUUGGAAAGAAUUGAAGAAAUCAAGAAGAAGCGUAUUGAAGAAUUGAAGGUCAGAAAGGAUAGAGAACGCAAGGCUGCCGCUGAAGAAGCCGCUAAGCAUAAGAAGGAAGCUGAAAUGGCUAGAUUCAAGGAAGAAUUGCGUGUUCAAAGAGAAAAGGAUGAGGCUUUGGCUAAAAAGAGAGCCGAAAUUGAAGCUCAAGUUGCCAAGGAAGUUGCUCCUGAACCUAAGCCUGCUCCAAAGAUGUCUUUUGCUGAAAGAAUGAGAUUAAAGAGAGAAGGUAAGUUGCCAUAG